UUCUUUGCUGCAGAACCGCUCGCCUCCGUCUUUACGGCAAGCCGCAUUUCACGCCGCCAAUAUGGCGUUCCCCAUUUAGGUAGCGUCGGUGGUUUCUACCCUAGAUGGCCGUGGGCAGUGCUGAGUUGGGAGUGUUUUCUCUCUAACCCGGGCUGCAGAAAGCUGCAUUUAAAGUUCUGCACCUGGUCACUGCUUCAGAAACCCACUUUUCUCUGAGAGUCAAGAAUCGCCUCUUCCUUUUAGUUCCUGCAGGUUACUCAUCUGCCCCUGACUUGUUCCCUGCUCCACCUCCGGACACUCUCAAGUCCCUGACACCCCCAGACUCAAAACUAUGAGCCUUCGGCAGCUGCUCAAGCGAUUACCCUACUUCGGGGCCUCGGGUCCCCCGCGUCGCCCCCUCGACACCAUUUCCUCGGUGGUCUCCUGGCGUGGUCAGUCCUCCAGGUCUCCAGCCCACUGGAACCAAGUGGUGUCAGAGGCUGAGAAGAUCGUGGGCUAUCCCACGUCCUUCAUGAGCCUCCGCUGCCUGCUGAGCGACGAGCUCAGCAACAUCGCUAUGCAGGUGCGGAAGCUGGUGGGAACUCAGCACCCUCUGCUUACCACAGCCAGGGGCCUUGUACAUGACAGCCAGCAUAACCUCCAGUUGAGGGGCUUGGUGGUGCUACUUAUUUCUAAGGCAGCUGGGCCCAGCAGCGUGAAUGCUUCUUGUCAGAACUAUGACAUGGUCAGUGGGAUCUAUUCAUGUCAAAGAAGUUUGGCAGAGAUCACAGAACUUAUCCAUACUGCUCUCCUUGUACAUCGUGGAAUAGUAAAUUUAAAUGAAUUGCAAUCUUCUGAUGGGCCACUGAAAGACAUGCAAUUUGGAAAUAAAAUAGCUGUCCUGAGUGGAGACUUUCUUCUAGCAAAUGCCUGCAAUGGACUAGCUCUGCUACAGAACACCAAGGUUGUGGAACUUUUAGCAAGUGCCCUUAUGGAUUUGGUACAAGGAGUAUACCAUGAAAAUUCUACUUCAGCAAAGGAAAAUCGCAUCACAGAUGAUAUUGGAAUAUCAACUUGGAAGGAACAGACUUUUCUCUCCCAUGGUGCCUUAUUAGCAAAGAGCUGCCAAGCUGCAAUGGAAUUAGCAAAGCAUGAUGCUGAGGUUCAGGAUAUGGCAUUUCAGUAUGGGAAGCACAUGGCCAUGAGUCAUAAGAUAAAUUCUGAUCUCCAGCCUUUUAUUAAAGAAAAGACCAGUGACUCCUUGACUUUUAAUCUAAACUCAGCUCCUGUAGUCUUACAUCAGGAGUUUCUUGGAAGAGAUUUGUGGAUUAAACAGAUCAGGAAGGCUCAAGAGAAAGGAAAAUUAGACUAUGCUAAGUUGCGAGAAACAAUCAAAGCUGGCAAAGGUGUGACUUCAGCUAUUGACCUGUGUCGUUACCAUGGAAACAAAGCACUGGAGGCCCUGGAGAGCUUUCCUCCCUCGGAGGCCAGAACUGCUUUAGAAAACAUUGUGUUUGCUGUGACCAGAUUUUCGUGACACCAAAUUAAAAAGACACCGUUGUUUGUUAGCUGAAAAAAACGGGGAAUGAGGUGAUCGGGGAAAGCUUUUGUGAGGCAAUAUCUAAAUGUGUUAAUGAUUUUAACAAUGUAUACUUUUUUUGUCCUUUUUAUCACACUGCUAAAUGAAUACUGCCUUCUUUUUGGAACUACUGCAAACAAAAUCAGAAGAAAAAAAGGUCAAGCAGUUUUCAGUUGUCACGCCAGAAGCACACUUGAGGCUGCAGUAGCAGAAAUAAUUAAUGAGAUUCGCUCCUGUGACCUCAGCAAAUGGACAGGAAAUAAGUCCUUAUUGAUUGGACCGAGCCAGGGAUGGCGCCAGGGCGGUGGCCUGUGGUUUUCCUUCUAGAGAGGACAGAGCAAGCUGGAAGCUGCAGGUGUCAAGAGAAACACUGUCAAUGCCAAGCAGGGAGAACCAUCAAAUCAAAAACCAGUGACCAAUUUGUCAGAACAGAGGGUAGUUUAAUGAUGAAAAAAACAUGCUUUGUCUUCUUGCAAUUAUGUCUUUGUAUUUAUAGACACAGUAUGAAUAUACUUUGUGCUUUUUGAUUUUUGUAAGCUUGGGGGGGGGAGGAAAUUGCUGAAAAAAUAAUGCCAGGUAUUUGAAGUAGGAGAUUAAAAUGUUAUCUAAUGUUAA